AUGGGGCGAAUCCCUCACAGACCGGGCGGCCCUUGGACGGGGAUUCUCCUGGCAGCACAAUCAGUCUCUCUGGUCUCUCCUCCCCCCGCCCCUGCAGCCUCUGUCCUGGGCUCCUGCCUCCAGUCGGCGCCGGCCCAGACCCCAGUGACCAUCGUCAUCACCCCGCCGAGCCCCGUGGAGGGAGGGGGCGUCAGUCUGGCCCCACAGCCACCGCCACAGAACUUGGUGAUCUGCAGCUGGUUCCGAUCAGCGACCGCCACUGAUGGAAACAGCCGGAUCCUCAGUUACAGUCCAGCUACAAGCCCCCCUCAGACCCCCGGCCCGGCCCACACAGGACGGGAGACAUUGGGGCCGGGCUGCGCCCUGAACAUCGCGGGGUUAACGCUCAAUGACACCGGGAACUACACGGUGCUGAUACAGACCCCUGGUUUCCUCACCAUCCCAGUGACUCUGCGCGUCUAUGAAAUGCUGCCCAGGACCACGGUGAUGCCCGGCCAAACCCAGGUGUUUGAGAACGGGACCUUCACCCUCACGUGUAACGGCUCCCCCAGCGCCGACACCGUGCUCUGGCUCCGGGAUGGGUUGUCCCUCAUGCCCAGUGAGCGGCUGGGGCUGUCCCCUGACAACCGGACCCUCACGGUGCUGGGUGUCACCCGGGGCGACGCCGGCGCCUACCAGUGCGUGGUCGGGAACCCCGUCAGCACCGAACGCAGUGAGCCCAGCACCGUGACGCUGGCCUGUGAGUAA